UCUUGAUAGAUAGGUGUGGCUUAGAAAAAAGAAGGCGGAGCUUAAGUAAAGAUGGUGGAUAACGUGUAUCUUUUUAUUCCAAACAUAAUAGGAUAUGGCAGGAUCAUUUUACUCCUGGUCUCAUUUUACUUCAUGCCAUACAACCCAGAGAUUGCCAUGGCAACGUACAUGCUGAGUCAGCUCCUUGACGCCUUCGAUGGCUACACUGCAAGACUCUUCAAACAAACAACGAUGUUUGGAGCCGUACUAGAUAUGGUCACAGACAGGGUAUCCACAAUGUGUCUAUCCAUUGUAUUAGCUAUGUUUUAUGUUCGAUACACUUUCCUAAUACAAUUUGUGGUAAUGUUGGACAUCAGCAGUCACUGGUUACAGAUGUACUGCUCACUGGUGUGCGGAGAGAAAAGUCAUAAGGAUACUGAUAAUGUGUUCUUGAAGCUCUACUACAAUAAUAGAACGGUUUUAUUUUUAAUGUGUGCUGGCAAUGAACUGUUCCAUCUAAUGGCAUACAUGAUGUAUUUCUCCAAUGGUCCUUUAGUUGCUUUCCAUUUAGGACUCUGGCAGAUACUAUUCUUCGUCACUGCUCCAGUCUGUGCUUUGAAGCAGUUGAUUAGUGUCGUUCAAUUAAUAGCAGCUGUGCAGCGUCUCGUGGAGAUUGACACUGAUAACAGACUCAAAUCAAGCCAGCAACAAUAAAUAAUCAUAAAAACAUGAACUAUGUAAUAUCUUCUAGAUAUCAGUAUUUUUUUUGCCUUUUGAUAUAAAUUUAAUUUUAGUAGUUUUAGUGAUAAUUUUAUAAUUAUGCAUGUUAAUGUGGGCGUGGCUGAGAACCAGCAACAUGGAGACUGCAAA